UGUGCCCUGCUUAUCCAAUACGAUGUUCAUAGACUCACAUGGGAGGUGUUUCCUUCUCCAUAGUCUCGGCAUCUGAGUCUCUCCACCCCCAGCCCCGCUCAGUGCUGCUGCGCUCCAGCCCGCGGUGAUAAUAAGAUCCCAGGACACAAAAUGGCGCACAGCUGUCGGUGGCGGUUCCCUGCUCGGCCCGGGACUGGCCGGAGGCUGGGGGCCCGGCACCGAUUAUCAGCUAUACUGAUAGACGAUGUGAGCGAGUACAGAAGCAACCCUGGCGCCUCUGGGAGCGCUGGCGCAAGCUCUGCGGGCACAUUGGCCCCCGGGGGCCCUGGGAACUGUUUGGGGGUUGCACUCGGGUUUGAUGCAGCGCUGCAGGUGUCGGCGGCAAUUGGAAACAACCUGAGAAGAUUUAGGGACGUGUCCGGAGGAAGCAGCGGAGAGGAGGAGCAGUUUCUAGGAUUUGGCUCAGAUGAGGAAGUUAAAGGUCGCAGCCCUGCAAAAUCACCCAAAGACCAGACAACACAAAGAAAACCUCGCGGUAGACCCCGCAACAGUCUGUCCCGGUGUUCUGAUGCGUCAUCCAAUCUUUGUGAAAACACCACAUCAACCCUAAAUAAACAGGAGACCAGACUCUUAGAUAAAGUAAAGAAGCCUGAGAGUAAAACAGAAGAGAAAAAACGGGGAAGACCCCCAGCACAUGGCAAUGUUAAGUUUAAACUGCCACAGGAGAAAAGGGAUGGCACUGAAUCCAUCAAAGCUCCCUGUGAAGAAAAAUCAAAAAGGAGAAAACCAUCUGCCACAUUCCAGCAUGCUGCCAAAAUCAAGAAGCUCAGAGCAGGCAAACUAUCUCCUUUAAAGUCAAAGUUUAAGAGCAAUAAAUUAAAGUUAGGUAGAAAAGGAGGGGUCUCUAUUGUCCGAAGGCGUGGAAGACCACCAUCUUCUGAAAGGUUCAAGACAGACACUCAUGGUUCAUUUCCAAAGCAGGUUCCCACAGAUCGAAGUCAACGGGGUAAUAAGGAUGUGUCGCCACAACCUUCAAAAGAAGAUACCAGAGUGUCAGUAAGGCAGAGCCCACGUAGAAUGAAGCCUGUGAGGAUUAUUCCUUCCUCCAAGAGGACAGACACUGCCAUUGCCAAGCAACUUUUGCAGAAGGCCAAAAAAGGGGCUCAGAAAAAAAUGGAGUUGGAAGCAGCAAAACUUCAAGGCCGCAAGGGUGGGACGCAGUUAAAGAAUAUACGUCAGUUCAUUAUGCCUGUAGUUAGCACAGUCUCAUCCCGUAUCAUCAAGACACCAAGAAGGUUUAUUGAAGAUGAGGACUAUGAACCUCCAAUAAAGAUAGCUCGUUUAGAAUCAGCCCCCAACGGUAGUCGAUUUAGCACUGCCUCAUGUGGAUCCAGUGAGAAGUCAAGUGCUGCAUCUCAGCAGUCUUCACAAGCCACCUCAGAUGACUCUCGCUCUAGCAGUCCUAGUGUCGACACCUCAACAGAGUCUCAAGCCUCAGAGGAGACACCAGUUGUGUCUGAGCCACAGGGACGAGUUGCUGAGACCAUUACAUCAGUCCCAACCCAACAACAGCCCCUAGAAAGUAAUGGUGUAAGGACCCGAAGGUUACCUGUCUGCAAUAAGAACUUUAGUUCAAGGCCGGCUAAGAAGAUAGUUUUACGUCCAUCUUUUCAGCAAAAGUCCUCUGUGUCUCCACCUCCCCCACUUCUAAGUCCACCCACACCUCUACAGCCUUCUGCCAGCCUCCCUGAUCACACACCUUGGUUGAUGCCCGCUAUUCCUAUGGCAACACCUUUUAUCUCUGCCUCACGCAUGCACGAGAAACGAAGGUCUAUAUUACGGGAACCAACUUUCCGCUGGACUUCCCUUAAACAUUCCAGAUUAGAGUCUCAGUACUUUUCUUCUGCUAAAUAUGCCAAAGAAGGACUCAUAAGGAAACCAAUCUUUGACAAUUUUAGACCACCUCCUCUAACUCCAGAAGAUGUAGGAUUAGCUACUGCAUCAGGAUUCCCUUCACAUACUGUUGUGGGGCCCGGAAGACUCUUUUCACAUAUCCAUUCUUCAGGUGCUAGGUUUGAUGUGCACAAAAGAAGCCCUCUUCUUCGUGCACCCAGGUUCACUCCUAGUGAAGCACAUUCUCGCAUAUUUGAAUCAGUCACCCUUCCACCUUCUGCUGGUCGUGCCAGCGGGACAUCUUCCAUGAUGGGCAUUUCUCGGAGAAGUAAAAGGAGGGUUUUUAAUCCCAUCCGCAGCUCUGAGCCUAAAUCACCAUCUCACUCCAUGAGGACACGGAGCAGGAGAGUAGGCAACAGCAGUUUGUCUGUGCUUGCUUCACCUCCAUCCAGUUCACUUACAGACAUUUCAGUAAGUCCCCUUGCCACCAGUGCCUUAAACCCUAGUUUCCCUUUCUCCUCCUCUUCAGUUACUCCAGCAUCUGUAGAUAUUGCAGAGAAAAUUCAGAAACCGCGAAAACCAACCAGCACUCCUGCAGAACACUUUACUUCUUCACCCAGCAGCUCUCCAGCCCUCUUCCCAUGGUUCCCUUCAAGUGUACAGAUGGAGAAAGGAAAAAGUAAAAAUAGGGGAUCAGUGGAAUCUUCCAAAGAAAGGGAAGUUGAGAAAAACAGGGAGAAAGACCGUGAAAAAGAAAAUUCCCGUGAUUCCAGGAGGGAUAAACGAAAAAAGAGCUCAGACUCUGGGUGUAAAAUAAGCAGGGAGAGAAAUGAUGAAGAAGGAAUCGUGACUGCCACUCAGAUUAAAAUGUCAGUGAGAAAGAAGCCUGUCACAGUGGAAUCUAAUGUAGAUAUUUCUCCAGCCUCAAUCCAUACAGAUCAGAUACCUGCCAAAAACAAAAUAUCAAAAAAAGGCAGGCCAGUAUCUGAAAAGACCGAGCUGGAUACCUGUGCCAAAUCUCCUACAGCAGAGACUCAAGCACAGCUCCCAGCCCAACCUGUCAGUGCCCUAAAGCAUCCCUCUACAUCUAUUAGCUCUAUGCUGGCUCAAGCAGACAAGUUUCCUGUCUCUGACAAACAUGUGGCUACUCUUCUGAGAAAGGCAAAAGCCCAGCUGUGUAAGAUUGAGAAGAGCAAGUUUCUGAAACAAACAGACCAGCCCAAGGCUCAGGGCCAAGAAAGUGACUCCUCAGAGGCAUCUGUUCGUGGUCCAAGGAUAAAACAUGUUUGUCGUCGAGCUGCUGUAGCCUUGGGGCGCAAAAGGGCAGUUUUUCCAGAUGACAUGCCGACAUUGAGUGCCUUACCUUGGGAGGAAAGAGAGAAGGUCCUGUCUUCCAUGGGAAAUGAUGACAAGUCCUCCAUUGCUGGAUCAGAGGAUGCUGAUCAGCCAGCUCCACCUCUCAAACCCAUCAAACAAAUCACACGCAACAAGGCACAGCAAGAGCCUCCUGUGAAAAAGGGGCGCAGAUCACGGCGCUGUGGACAGUGUCCAGGCUGCCAGGUUCCUGAUGACUGUGGCAUAUGUACUAACUGUCUUGAUAAACCUAAAUUUGGUGGACGCAACAUAAAAAAACAGUGUUGCAAGAUGCGGAAAUGCCAGAACUUGCAGUGGAUGCCAUCUAAGGCUUAUCUUCAGAAGCAGGCUAAAGCUGCAAAGAAGAAAGAAAGAAAAUGCAAGGUGACUGAAAAGAAAGAAUUGCUACCUGUUAAGAGCCCUUCGGAACUCAUUGUAAAACCUGUCUCAGCACCUGGCACCAGCUCUCCCCCUGUGCAAGAAGAACCUGCAACCCCAUCUCUGCCUCAAAAAAAGAAUGAACCUCCCAAGAAACAGACUGAGGAAAAAUCAGAAGAACAAAUUCCUGCUGCUUCCACAAGUGAAACCAAGCAAUCUCCUAAUUCCCGUAAAACCACCAAGCAGCCUCCUUCACAGCCUUCCACUACCAUUGCAAUGACCCCAUUAACUGCCACACCAUCUACAAAGAAAGAGGCUCCUAAGCCAAUUCCUCCAGAAUCGAGGAAAAAGCAGCCACCAGUGCUCCCAGACAAUACCUCAACUGAACAGAACAAACAGAAAAAGUUGGCAAUGAGGCUUGGGGCUCUGCUGAAAUCCAAAGGAAAGGAGAAGGACAAGCCUCAACCCCCCAGCAAGCCUGAAGUCAGUUUUAAUUUGUUGAACACUUUAUGUAAUGGUGGAAUCACCAAACAGAAGCCACCUUCUGAUGGGGUACACAGAAUUCGUGUAGAUUUUAAGCACGAUUGUGAAGUAGAGAAUGUAUGGGACAUGGGAGGUAUCAGCCUGCUGACAACUGCACCUGUCACCCCACGUGUUGUCUGCUUUCUCUGUGCCAGCAGUGGUCAUGUUGAGUUUGUUUAUUGCCAGGUGUGCUGUGAACCAUUUCACCGGUUCUGCCUAGAGGAAAGAGAGAGACCUUCUGAAGACCAGAUUGAAAACUGGUGUUGCCGUCAUUGCAAGUUCUGUCAUGUAUGUGGGAGACAGCAGCAGGCUACCAAGGAGAGCAUCGGCAGGCAAAACACUAUUUCUGACAUGAGCCUAAAGCAGUUACUGGAGUGUAACAAGUGCCGCAACAGCUACCAUCCGGAGUGCCUCGGACCAAAUUACCCUACCAAACCAACCAAGAAGAAGAGAGUAUGGAUUUGCACAAAAUGUGUAAGAUGUAAGAGUUGUGGUUCCACUACACCUGGGAAGGGCUGGGAUGCACAGUGGUCACAUGACUUCUCCCUGUGCCAUGACUGUGCCAAACUGUUUGCUAAGGGAAACUUCUGCCCUUUGUGUAAUAAGUGCUAUGAUGAUGAUGAUUAUGAAAGCAAGAUGAUGCAGUGUGGGAAGUGUGACCGCUGGGUACAUUCCAAAUGUGAGAACCUGACAGAUGAAAUGUAUGAGAUUCUCUCAAAUCUUCCGGAAAGUGUGGCCUACACUUGUAUAAACUGUACAGAGAGACACCCUGCUGAGUGGAGGAUGGCACUGACAAAUGAACUGCAGGCCUCCCUCAGAUAUGUACUAACAGCACUUCUGAAUUCCCGUACCUCUAGCCACCUGCUGCGCUGUCGGCAGGCAGCAAAACCACCUGAUUUAAAUCCAGAACCAGAUGAGAAUAUGCCAUCCCGUAGCUCUGCUGAAGGACCAGACCCUCCUAUUCUGACUCAGGUCGGCAAGCAAGAUGAGCAGCCACCUCUCGAUCUAGAGGGAGUUAAAAGGAAAAUGGACCACGGCAAGUACAAAUCAGUGCUGGAGAUGAGUGAUGACAUUGUGAGAAUUAUCCAGGCUGCGAUGAAUGCAGAUGGGGGCCAGCCAGAGCUGAAGAAGGCAAACAGUAUGGUGAAAUCUUUCUUUACAAGGCAAAUGGAGCGUGUUUUUCCAUGGUUUAGUGUGAAGAAGUCAAGGUUUUGGGAGCCUAACAAAGUUACUAGCAACAGCAGCAUGUUGCCCAAUGCAGUGCUUCCCCCAUCUCUGGACCACAACUAUGCUCAGUGGCAGGAAAGGGAAAACAGAUUGGCAAUGCAGCCAGUGCUGAUGAAGAAAAUAAUCCCUGCUCCAAAGCCUAGAUCUCCAGGGGACCCAGAAUCUCCACAGCCAGUACAACCAUCAACCCCACCAGCACCAACCACAGAGCUCAACAGGGAGGAGAGUCCAGAACUUCCUCCUCCACCAGGGUUGGAAGAUAACCGGCAGUGUGCUUUGUGCCUAAAGUAUGGUGAUGACAAUGCCAAUGAUGCUGGUCGGCUGCUUUAUAUAGGACAGGAUGAGUGGACACAUGUAAACUGUGCCUUGUGGUCAGCAGAGGUAUUUGAAGAUGAUGAUGGCUCUCUAAAAAAUGUUCACAUGGCUGUUAUCAGAGGCAAGCAGCUGCGUUGUGAAUUGUGCCUAAAGUUGGGUGCCACAGUUGGCUGCUGCCUAACUUCUUGUACUAGCAACUACCAUUUUAUGUGCUCACGGAAAAAGAACUGUGUAUUCUUAGAAGACAAAAAGGUUUACUGCCAGAAACACAAGGAUUUAAUUAAAGGAGAGAUUGUUUCUGAUAAUGGCUUUGAGGUCCUACGGAGAGUUUUUGUUGAUUUUGAAGGGAUCACCCUACGCAGAAAGUUUCUAAAUGGGUUGGAACCAGAUAAUAUCCACAUAAUGAUUGGUUCCAUGACCAUUGACUGCCUUGGAAUUCUGAGUGAUCUCUCAGACUGUGAGCAGAAACUUUUCCCCAUUGGAUAUCAGUGUUCCCGUGUGUACUGGAGUACAACAGAUGCCCGUAAGCGUUGUGUGUAUACAUGCAAGAUUCUUGAAUGUCGCCCUCCACCUGCUGAUCCUGAUAUUAACAGCACAGUACAACAUGAGGAGAACCGCACAAUUGCACACAGCCCCCAAAGCCUCCAUAGUGAUGUACAGGAAAAUCAGAGCACAGAUGGUAUAAAAUGUAUUGAGACUCUUUGCCUCUCAUCUCCGGAUUCAGUCAGUGCCGCCUCAGUUACCAAACCCUGGGAAGUAGGACGACCUUCUGGAUGUAGAACCCAUAUACCUCGCUAUUCCCCAUCACAAAGGUCACCUGGAUCUCGACCUCUGCCAUCAGCUGGAAGUCCAUCUCCAGUUACUCAUGAGAUUGUGACUGUUGGGGACCCGCUUCUAUCUUCUGGCCUACGCAAAAUUGGUUCAAGAAGGCAUAGUUCCUCCUCUUUAUCACCCCAGCAGCAUAAAAAAAUCUUCUCCCCUCAUCCACAGACUGAUAUAUCUAGAUUUGGCCAACCUCUGCAAGGUAUUCCGGUAAACUCUCUUGAAAACAGUGGAAAUGGAGACCCUGUGUGUAUAGGAGCAUCUACAAUAUCAAGUAAGAGUAGUUGUUCACCAAACACUGGCCAGAAAGCCAUAGAAUGUAAACUGGAGAAGGCACCAGAAGCAAGACGAACUGGUUUCCUGGAAACCCCUUCAAAAGUCUCCACCCCCAAAACAGAAAAGGUAAAAACAGCUAGUCCAAGAGUUUCUGAUCCUUCCUCUGAACAUCCAAGCCCCAAGGUUCCCUCUCAAGUGCAGGAGAUGACAGCAGAUGCUAGCAAAAACAAAGCUGGGUGUUUGAAGGACAGUUCUCCAGCACUUUUAAACUUUAAAACUUCAUCCAAUAUGCAGCACCAAAAAGUAAUAAGAAGAGAUAAUGAUCGACAGUCAGUUGUUACACAAGGUGAAACCCCUUCCUUGGAAAAAGGAAAAAAUUCCCAAAUUCUUGCAAGCAAUCAUGGGAUCUCAGUCCACAAAGAUAGAAGAGUAAAAACCAAGAGGUCCAUGCUAGACAAUUCAAAAGAUAAACAUUCAAGUAAACCCCCUUCUGACAAUGAGCAUGCACCAGACAAUAGACAGAAUGAACCAGACACUAAUGGCAAUCACAUGUUAUCUGACACUUUGAGCUUUAGAGCACACUUGCUGAAAAAGUCUAUAGACAACGGUAUAUCUUCUCCAGGCAACUCACAAUCAGAGGAGACUUUGGUGAGUGCUGGGAAGCUACCUCAGACAAAAAUGGGAAUAGAUGGAGGAUGUAAUAUUGAAAUUGCAAAACAAACUACAAGCUCUGCUAAUCAGUCUGCAGAAUUGGCUGACAAUGAAAAGCAUAAGUGUGUUUCUGAUGGCACAGGAGAUGUGCCAGUCAGCCAAACAAACUCAAAUGCAGAUUCUGAACCCCAAACUGGCAGUGCAUACCCUAUUCAGGAAUCCAGUCUGGUCCACCAAGAUGGAAGCAAAACUCAGGAGGAUGGUUCCUAUAAAAGGAGAUAUCCACGAAGAAGUGCCAGGGCACGCUCAAACAUGUUUUUUGGACUCACACCGUUAUAUGGAGUGCGCUCUUAUGGCGAGGAAGACCUGCCCUUUUGUAGUAGUACUCCUGGGAAAAAACGGGGAAAAAGGGCAGCUGAAGGGCAGGUGGAUGGUGCAGAUGACAUUAGCACGUCUGAUGAUGAUGAUGUAUAUUAUUAUAACUUUUCUAGAACAGUGGUAACUCCUGGAGAUGAAAGGUUGGGCAUUCAUACCUUGUUUAGACAGGAUGAUCAGAGAGAUCUUCACAAGAUACCACAGCUUGAUGGUGUUGAUGAUGAAGCAGAGUGUAAUACAAGUGUUACUGUCACAAAAUCCAGCCAAGCAGGCAAAAGAAGCGGCAAACAAAAUGGAGCAGGGAAGCUUCAAACACCAGAGGGGCAGUUAGAAAAGUCUCAUGUAGGCAAGGGUCAAAAGACAUCAGAGCCAAAAAUAGAAAACUGUCAUGCCGUAAAGCAGGAUACACUUGAAGCACAGCUGGCUUUAGAUACUCCACGUAGGGCCCAUAGUGGAUCUGAAAAGAAUUUGUUGGAUACUUUUAACUCUGACCUACUUAAAUCUGACUCUGAUAAUAACAACAGUGAUGACUGUGGAAACAUACUACCCAGUGAUAUAAUGGAUUUUGUGUUGAAGAAUACACCGUCCAUGCAAGCUCUUGGGGAGAGUCCAGAAUCAUCAUCAUCUGAGCUUCUGACAUUAGGGGAUGGUUUGGGCCUGGACAAUAACCGUGGCAAAGAAAUGGGAUUGUUUGAGGUUUUCUCCCAGCAACUGCCCACAUCAGAGCCAGUUGAUGGUGCUGUUCCAACCACAAUAUCUGGAGAAGAGCAGUUUGAGCUACCACUAGAGUUGCCUUCGGAUCUUUCAGUAUUAACCACUCGAAGUCCUGCUCUUCCUAGCCAAAACCAUAGUAGACUUGGGGUCAUAACAGAUUCCCAGCUGUCUACUUCUGGUGAAAGAUCUCUUUUGGCUAUCACUACAUCUUCAGACACAGUGGAGAAAAGAGUAACCGUCACAGAAAAGUCUGGGACUCCUGGUGAUGGGGAUUCUUCCCUUUUGGGUCAAAAUUUAGACAGGGCUUCUGAAGGACACAUAACUCCAGACAGGUUUAUCACUGGGCAUAUAGAUCAAGAGCAUAUUUCCAGUCCAACUUGUGGACAGGUAGACCAUACAGGACGUGAAGAACGAGCACGAAAUAGUAGUACCCCAAACCUUCAAGUUUCAGUGUCCCCAUCUGUGUCAAUUCAAAACCAGAAAUAUAUACCCAGUUCAUCAGAAAGCCCAGGGACAUCACAAAUUCCUAGCAAUACCAUUCAAAGUACACCUCAGCAUCUCAAAUCCCCAGCUGAAAAACUUGUUGUAGUAAAUCAGAAUAUGCAGCCUCUCUAUGUCCUGCAGACAUUACCUAAUGGAGUUACACAAAAAAUACAACUUGCCCCCUCUGUGCCAACAAGCAGUAGCCGAACAGAGGGAGAGGUGCCUGUUUUGAGUCCAAUGGGUGGAGGACUUACUUUGGCAACAGCCUUGAAUCCUACCCUUACUUCAACAUUUCCUUCUGCUAGCAAAGGCAUCCUUCCAAUGUCUCACCAUCCACACCUUCAACCUUUCCCUGGUGGCCCCCAAACUACAUUCCUUCCUAACCUUAACAACCAGUCCUCUGGUCUUCUUAUUGGUGUGCAACCAUCAAGUGAACCAUCACUCCUAGUUUCAGAAACAGGCCAGAGAUCAGAUGUUGGAAGUACUUCUAACACAUCUGCUCCUGGCAUGAAUAAGAAAAGGCAGAUCACUCGUUUGCACACCAGAAAGAACAAAAAGUUAGCACCUUCUGUAUCUCCAGCAUCUAGACAUGCCCCAGAUGUUGUCUCUAAUAUGACUCUUAUAAACUUUGCUCCUUCUCAGAUUACAGGAGCAUUAACUAGUCACACAGGUUUGAUUGACUUGGGCACCAUUGGAAAUACUGCCCCACAUCGUAAUAUUCCCAGUAUCAUUAAAACAUCUAAAUCUGGAGUCAUGUACUUUGACCAGACGCCACUCCUCCCUCAGAAUGUUGGUACCUCAAGUUCUAUGGGCACUGCACCCAGUGUCAUUGGUUUGGAUACAGGUCACCUACCUGGACAGGUAACAAGCCUAGCCACUGGAUCUCCUGUCCUUAAUGUUGUAUCCAUGCAACCAGCUUCUGCUGCUCCUCCUGUUUCAGGUCAUGUGACUUUGACAAGUCCAGGAAUUCUUAAUCCAUCAGAGUUGAACUCAAUAAGUAAUUUUCUGAUUAAAACAAGUCCACAGGGUUUGGGCAUCCAAGAUAAUCAUGUCACUCUUCCCUCUGGGCCAGGAAUGUUUUCUCAGUGUUCAACAUCUGCUACAAUAGCCACCACCUCAAGUAUAUGUGUGGUACCUAGUUCUCAGUCUGUUGGCAUGACUCUUUCCCAACCCAUAAAUGAUCCAGAUUGUCAUUAUCCAAUUUCCCAUCACAUGAAUAGGCUUCUUAAUAGCAGACCACAAAUCCUUCCUGAAUCAUCAAGUGAAACUAAUGCCAGGGCACCAGCACUUCAGAUGUUAGCAGAAUCCGAAACAAAAUUAACAGUACCCACCUCUGCUCUUGGAUUGCAAAGAAAUCCUGUAGCAGUACCCCAGAAAACAAAGAGUAAAGCAAAGAGGCAAACGGCACCAGCUGACAAGACAAGCAGAAAAAAACAGAAGACUUUGCACCUCACUCCCAAUCCUCCCACAGUACAAGAAUCUGAAAGGCAUGACAAACCAGCAGCAUCAGAUCACACAGGGGCCCACGAGGAAAAAGUCAAUACUAGUGAACUAAUGGUACCAUCCAUGAAAAACACAGCUGAGCCCCCGCUGCCUGCAGGGCAAUUGGCAAUUAUUUCAGACCCAGAGCCCCUUCUAAAGGAACUGUGUCAACAAGACCCAAAACAUGAUGAUUCCAAACAACGAGAAGAGGACACAGGGUUCAGCUCACCCCUAAUGAGACUUUUGCAGCAAGAGCGAAACCGUCAAGGUUCCCCUACAGAGGAGAAACCCAAGACAGGACUUUUGUUUGAGAUAUCUAGUGAUGAUGGCUUUCAGAUUUCUGCUGGCAGCAUUGAAGAGGCCUGGAAAUCACUGACAGAGAAAGUGCAGGAAGCACGAUCUAAUGCCCGACUGAAGCAACUGUCCUUUGCAGGUGUCAGUGGACUGAGGAUGCUGGGAAUUGUACACGAUGCUGUUGUAUUUCUGGUAGAGCAGUUGUAUGGAGCCAAUAGGUGUCGUAACUACAAGUUCCGUUUCCACCGGCCAGAAGGGGAGGAGGAGCCACCAAUUAAUCCACAUGGGUCAGCUCGAGCAGAGGUUCAUCGCAGGAAGUCUGCUUUUGACAUGUUUAACUUCUUAGCAUCCAAGCAUCGUCAGCCACCAGAGUACAAACCAAAUGAUGAGGAAGAAGAGGAAGUACAGCUCAAGUCUGCUCGGAGAGCCACCAGCAUGGAUCUGCCAAUGCCCAUGAGAUUCCGCCAUCUUAAAAAGACCUCAAAAGAGGCUGUGGGUGUUUACAGAUCUCCAAUACAUGGCCGGGGACUAUUCUGCAGGAGGAACAUUGAUGCUGGGGAGAUGGUGAUUGAAUACUCUGGAAAUGUAAUUCGCUCAAUCUUGACUGACAAAAGGGAGAAAUAUUACGAUGGAAAGGGAAUUGGUUGCUACAUGUUCCGUAUUGAUGAUUCUGAAGUCGUCGAUGCCACGAUGCAUGGAAACGCUGCUCGCUUUAUCAACCACUCUUGUGAGCCCAACUGCUACUCUAGAGUCAUCCCUAUUGAUGGUCAGAAGCACAUUGUCAUCUUUGCCAUGAGAAAAAUUUACAGAGGGGAGGAGCUUACUUAUGACUAUAAGUUUCCCAUUGAGGAUGCAAACAACAAGUUGGCCUGUAACUGUGGGACCAAGAAAUGUCGCAAGUUCCUGAACUAACUACAGUUCUUCCGUCGCCCAAAUUAAGAAGAAAGUAGGCAUUUGCUUUGUUACUUGUGCAGAUCUGGUCCUCUUGUUUUCAGAUAAGCAGUCUGUGCCAUUAAUGGUAACCAUCACUGCUGCAGUGGCCAGGAAUGCAAUGCUACUCUGAUUAUUUGUCUACUUCUAAAUAACACACAGUGCUGUAUAGUGAUGCUGAGUAUAUUUAUACAUUAAUAGGGAACAUGCUGUGUUGUAUAAUUAUGCAGAGUAUCCCUAUACACCUUGUUGCUGUCAUUUGGCAGUGAAGAAUAUUUGAUAGUUUAUUUUCUAUUUUAAUCUAUUUUUGUAUGUACCUUACAUUGCAUGGCACUGCUGGGACUCAUAGCUGUGAAUACGACCUAGGGAAAUGUGCUGAUAAUACAGAUGUGGGGGUUUUGAAUCAUUUCUUGGGGGGGGGGGAAAGGCCUUUUUAUGUUCUGUCUCCUGAUCCUACCCCAUACAUUUUAGGAACAGGAGAUAAUAGAUAUAGGGCUGAGACAUCUCUGGGUGUAGGUGUCUGUACACAGUGGGCUUCUGAAAUGUUGCAGGUCAUUGGUAUGACUUUGUUUGGAACCAAGUCAUGGUGGGUUGCAAGCAAGAGGACUUUCUUCUUCAGUCCUGUGCAGACAGUACAGUUCUCCUGGGGAAACUGUGGACCUCAAAGAGAACUGCAAGCUGGCAAUGCAGACGAAACAAUGUUUUACUUGUUUGGUGGCCAGUGACCAUUCACUCCAGGGUCCUUCUAUAUACCUCUUCCCCUCCACUGAGGUAUGCUCCUCCUGUGCUUAGCAGGCAGUGGCAGUAUAUGCACUGACCAACAAGGUAGUUUUAGAAAUCUUCAGGGACUUGUGUCUCGUAUUUUAUUGGAGGUUAAUUAUACAAGCAUGCAGGGGGUAUCUAGAAAUUGUCUCCUUUACCUGCCGUUAGUAUUAAUAAGGCACUUAAGUGGGUGGACUACCCUAAGGGCAUUAAUGCAGAUGCCUAUAAUAUGUCAAGUUAGCUUGCAUGGAAUUCCAGGACAAGGGAUGAACAAAAUUCCAGACCCUCAUAAUCACAAGAACUAAUGUAAAAGGCUUAUACUCCAUUCUCAAAGUCUGUGCAUAAACUAAGGCAAUCCUAGUGUUCAUUCCUUGAAAUUUCAUCUAAAAACAUUUUAAAUCUCUUUCUUUAAAACAUGUGUUGUAACUGUGUCUAAAUAUUCUGUUAGCAAAUACAGAACAGGAACUAAGUGGCAAGUGAGAGAAAUUAGGGAUGAAAAAUGGGUUGAGCAGGAAACAUUUGUAUAAAAUGUGCAAGACAGUUUAAAAUCAUGCAAUAUUAAAUUAUCCAUUCUCCUGGAAGGGACUCAGGAGAUAUGUUUACACAGUGACACUACACAGUGCUUCAUUGCUCCCGUCCCCACAGUGCAGAGUCCUAAUCUCUUAGAUUAUUAACCAAUCCCUUCCUGGUCUGACCAAGGAGAACAGGUUUAAAUUCCUGCAACACAAGCCCAUUUGUGAGAUUCACCUCCCACUUCCUGUAAGAUUUUCUUCACCUCCCAUGUUCCGUUUACAUGUUCUAUGUUUUUUUUUUCGUAGUAUUUAAAAGAAAAAAAGGAAAAUUUUUUACAAAAUGUAUAUAGACUCUAUUUUUCUAUUGGAAGCACUUAUUAGUAAAGGAAGCACUUAAAAUAGGGAGGGAAAGGACUGAAUUUGGGUUCUUAAGGUUUAUUUUUGAAAAGGUAACGGAUUUCUUCUUUAAUCUGUAAAAUCUUAUUUUAUCACAGGCUGCUGCAGAGGGAAUAUUUUGGUUAGUAACGGAGCUUUGGUUUUGCCCCUCAUUCCUUUCCUUGUAACCCUUUGUUUUACAUUGGGCCCUUGCAAAACUGUACAAUUAGAGGUGGGUUUUAUAAUUAUGCAGUAUAGACACUGUGCCAUGAAUCUGUUCUUAGCAUUUCAUUUUUGUUCAAAGAUUAUUGCUUGGUUUGUAUCCAGCCUGCUUUGCUUAUUGCCGGCUGCUGAGACGGGGGAAUUAUGUACACACAUAAAAAACAAGUCUCUUAAAUAGGUCUUGGGCUAAAAUGUAUUCUCGCAAAAUAGUUAUAUCAACACGGGAGCACUUACCGCCAUUCAUCCGCGUGUGCUGCUCACCGACCAACUCCCAAUGGCCCCAAACAAGUAGAAAAAUUCCAGAAAAAGCGGAGCACCACGUGUUGAAAAAUAAAAUCAGUCUUUAUUCAGUCACAUUAACACGGCACAUGUAUAACAUCAGGACUUCAAUUUUUCUGCUAAAAUGUAUUCUGCCUAUAGUUUUAUUCCAACCACAAAAGUCCAUACACUCACGGUUACUUUUUAAGACACUCAUGUAGAUUAUGCGUUGGUGCAGUUUUCUGAAGUCACCGGGCUCAGUGUGCAAUUAAUUACAAGAAGUAGGAAGGACAGACACGGAGGUAUUUAUUACGCCAUUUGCAAUCCUCUAAGUGUUUACUGCAGAGUGCACAUGAAAUAAGCCAAAUGUUUCAAGGGCUCCUCACCCCUUAAUCAGUGGAGAGUUUUUGUGUGCAUUUUUCCACUGAUGAAGGGGUGAGGAGCCCUUGAAACAUUUGGCUUUUUCAUGUGCACUCUGCAGUAAACACUUGGAGGUAUUUAUUACACCAUUUAAAAUUGUCUGUGUCUAUCCUUCCUACUUCUUCUGAAUUAAACAUCUUUUAUUAAAUACUGCAGAACAGGAACUCUCUCUCCCCAAUGUGCUGGGGCAUAAUAAAGCUAAUUAUCUAUACAGAGGGUAAUGAACUGGAAACAGUUUGAAUGAAUCCCUCUCCUGCCUCAAUAACUCUUCUGUUACAUAAGUUUUAUUUAGUUUUUCAGGAGCAACAUUUAAUAAAUCAACAAGGUUUUUCUUGCCUGA